UUAAAUAAUCGAUAUCGUUUGCUUUCAUAUAAAAAAAAAGAUUUCAUUUUGGAUAAUUUUUUCGGAAGUUAUCAGCAUUUAAAAUUUUGUAAACAGUCUGCCACGCCCCUGUUUACAGCUGCAGCAGAAGCACGCAAACCGAAACUAAUUGUAAUUUCUCAAAUUAAUAGUAUUUUAAUUUUAUUUUAAUGAAUUUUUGCUCACCGUAAGUUUACUAACUGUUAACUGCAGUGUUUGUAUAGUCACUGAUUUGUUUUUGUUUAUAUUGCGAUUUGCUACGUCUAUUUUCCUGCGUUUCUACUAGUAUUAUUUUGAAAUAUUAUUACUGAAUUGUUUGUUAUUGUUUUCGAUUUUAUUUAUUUAUUCAGUGUUAUUUAUAUCGUUAUUGUUUUCGUUUUAUUGAACUUGCAUUUUUCAUAAUGCAUAGUAUCAGUUCUAAAUGGAGGAAACCGAAAGGUAGACCUUCAAAGAAACGAGCUACUGGGCUAGCUAAUUUCAAGAAGGGGCUUGAGAAAAAAAGUGAGGGAAAAGAAAGAAACACAUCUGUUUUGCCAAGUCAUAAUGGUAAUGACAAUGAUAGCAAGUUAGCUAUUGCAAGCCAACCUGCAUUUACUAUUAUGGAUGGCAUUGUCUGCUCAGUGCAGUUGCAUGCAAUGAGCGUGAUGAGAAAAAUUUAGAUGUUGUGACUCACAAAACAUAGCUUAGCUUCACAACUGAAACUUUUUUGCAAAUCAUGUGGCCAUAAAUAUGGAACAACAUUCUCAAGUGCUCGAGAGAAUGACAGCAAGAAAUUUGCUGUCAACAAAAAGUUAGUGAAUGCUUUUUUAUCAAUUGGAAAUGGAUAUGGUCCUCUGGAGGUGUUCUCAAUGAUGCUUGGAAUACCGUGCAUGGACAGUAAAACUUUUUAAAGUGCUUGGAUAGUUUAGUCGCUCAUAAUGAACAGGCUAAGAAAGAAGUUUUGAAACUGUCUCGUGAUAUUGUAAGAAAACAUUACAUUGAUGAGGUUUCUGGCUCCACCGCAGACGUUAUUGACAUGUGUGUGUCUUAUGAUGGGACGUGGCAGAAGCGGGGCCACUCCUCCUUAUAUGGCAUCGGAUUUGUUAUUGAUAACUCAACUGGACUUGUAGUCGACUAUGAAAUUUUAAGCAAAUACUGUCAUGACUGUGUUGUAACAAAAAGUGAUUUGGGUGCAAACAGUCCAGAGUUUCAUGUUUGGCAUACCUCUCAUGAACCAGAAUGUCAGAAAAAUUUUGACGGCUCCUCCAAUAGUAUGGAGAUGGCUGCAGCAUUGAUAUUGUGGUCACGGUCACUGGACCACAAUAUGAGAUAUGUAACAAUGCUUUGCGAUGGCGACGCUAAAGCUUAUCAACAUCUCAAUGAUAAACGUGUUUAUGGUGAUACUGCAAUAAACAAGGAAGAGUGCAUCAAUCACGUUGCCAAACGUUUAGGAACUGGGUUGCGGAAUAAAGUGCAAGAGUGGAAAAAUAAAGGGGUCACUCUUGGUGGAAAAAAGAAAGGUGCUUUAAAAGAUGACACAAUAAAGAGACUGCAAAAUUAUUAUCGCAAUGCAAUAAAAGACAAUGCCCCUGAUGUCUCAAAGAUGAAGUCGGCUAUAUUUGCAUCGCUAUUUCAUUGUAUGUCAUCAAAUAAAAAACCGAUGCAUAACAAGUGUCCUGUUGGAGAAGCAUCGUGGUGCUUUUAUCAAAGAGCACUGGCGAAAGGCGAGAAUCCAAGUAGCCAUGCUAACAUGAAAACUGUGCUCUCAGAAACGGUUGUUGAGAAGAUAAUGCCAGUCUACCAGCGACUGGCAUCCGAUGAAAUACUGGCGAAGUGUAUUUCCGCCAAAACACAAAACUCAAAUGAGUGUUUACAUAGUGUUUUAUGGAACAAAUGCCCGAAAGAAAUUUUUGUGUCAAAGAAAAGAUUAGAACUAGCUGUACUUACAGCUGUUAGAGAGUUCAAUCUCGGUUGUGUGAGUUCCUUGGAAAAGUUGGCUACCAACAUUGAUGCAAAUGAUUUUUCAAUGUCGAUUGCUGAAAAAAGAGACAAACGACGACAAAGCCAACUGACCAAAAGAAAAUCAAACGAUUACAAAAUGAAACGAAAUAAGAAAAAAUUUAAGUGUGCAACUAAAAAUGCUAAGAUUUUGAAACGUGAGGGAGCGACCUAUGGAGCAGGACAAUUUUAGUGGAACAAGUUUUAUUUUAGCAUACCAAAUA